AUGAUUGAUACUCCUUCAGUUGAAUCGUUAAUCAAAGGAUACUUCGAGCAAUUAACUGAGGGGUGUGAUCGAAUUGAUUGUGAACAGCCAGAAUGCGCUUCAUCCACAAAUUUUCAUUAUCAUUUCAGAGAUCCAACAGAAGCAGCAGUCAGAGCUGUUGAGUUAACACUUAAUCAUCCACAUAAUCCAUGUUUGUGUGGUCAUUAUUCACCUUUAAAUAGAGAUAAAUCAAUAUUAACAAAAGUAAGCAGAUUUGAUUCAAUUGUCACAGAUAUUAUAUAUAACAGAGCUUCACAAAUUCCAGAUGAUCAGUCAUUACAUAAUAUUAAAGAAGUUGUUAGCAGCGAGAUUAACAUUUCAUUCAUUUUAUUAUCAAAUCAAGAAACUCUAUCAAUCUCUAACAUAUCAUUUGAUGAAGACAAGUUACAAGACUUCAAUCUUGUCUUUCAACGAGGAUACAAGUAUUUCCUCCCUUUCUACACAGACUUCAACUUAAUGGUUAAACGAUUCAUUAAACUCCCAUCAACAGACACAUUCUCACACGUCAGAGGUAUCAUUCUCAUUUUGUUGUUCGAAAUUUACUUCAAUAAAGAUAAUUACAUCGACACAUUCUUACCAUUAUUAGACCACAUCAUUGAUCUUCCAUCGAAAUCAGCGAUGCUCUUUUGGUCAUGUUUACAAUGCAUUUCUACGUUAUUAACACGUGUUGUCUCAUUAUGCGAGACAAUGUUAUCUAUCUACGUAUUGAAACAAUCCAUGAUCAAUGUUGUCCCUAAACCAAUUGCAUCUCUAUGCAAUUUCAUCACAUUGCUCCAAAGAGCAUCAGAUAACUCACUUCACCACCUUCCUAACAAAGUUUUCUCUAAUUCCGCGUUAUCGACACGUCUCAAUCCUCUUAAGGAACUCGAGCGAUACGAAUUCAGCAAGUUCUCAUUUUUAUCAUUUCCAUCUGUUUUAUCUCUUAAGUUCAAACACAAAGUUUUACAGACAGCACAAGAGAACAAACAGAACACGAUGGCAGCACGAUCAGUCAUCAACGAAGGCAUCAUGAUGGGUCGAACGAUCACUAACAAUUUAAUAUUCAAUGUUUUAGAGAUUCGUCGUGAUCAUUUAGUUGAAGACGCCAUUCGUAAGAUUCCACGUCUUCGAAGCGAAGAUCUUCUUAAGAAGUUAGUCAUCACAUUCAAAGGCGAACAAGGUAUUGACCAAGGCGGUGUUUCACGUGAAUUCUUUUAUCUUCUUACAUCACAAAUCUUUUCACCCGAUUACGGAAUGUUCACAACAAUCAAUGGCUAUUACUGGUUCUCUAUCACACCAUUCGAAGAUUAUUCUGCAUACAUGAUGCUUGGCACUGCAGUCUCUCUUGCGAUUUACAACAACGUCGUUCUUCCAAUUCGCUUUCCAACACUUUUGUACAAGAAGAUUCUCGGCAAACCGAUCACAUUAACAGACAUCGGUGAAAUCGAUCCCGAUUUCAUGAAGAGUGCACUUGAUAUGAUCAACAUGCGCACGAAGAAAGAAGAUGUUUCAGAACUAUGUUUGACAUUCACUACAACAAUCGAACAAUUUGGCGAACGAAUUGAAAUUCCACUAGUUCAAAACGGUUCCAACAUUGAUGUCACUAAUGAUAAUCUUGAUGCAUUUAUUGCAUCAUAUAUCAACUGGUGGGCGAACAUCAGUAUUGCUAAACAAUAUGAAGCAUUUUUGUCUGGUUUCAUGAAAAUCUCUAUUUCUAAACUAUACAAAUUAUUUGGUGCAGACGAAUUAGACAUCUUAGUUAGUGGUGAAGCAGUUCUUGACUGGGCAGCAUUGAAGAAGAACGCGAAGUACAUCGACGGAUACACUAAAGACAGCCAACAAAUCAUCUGGUUCUGGGAAUUAUUCGACCAAUUCAGCAACGACCAAAAAGUCGAAUUUCUUCGUUUCUCUACAGGAACACCACGCGCUCCUGUUGAAGGACUUGGUGAAGUCCAGUUGACUAUCCAGAAAACGAAUGACAUUCAGAUGCUCCCUGUCUCACACACAUGCUUCAACAUGUUCUCUCUCCCUGCUUACAAGACUAAGGAAGUUCUUUCACAGAAAGUUCUUCUGGCUAUCGAACACUCUGAAGGAUUUGGUUUAGUUUAG